AUGACCUUCCCAAGCUUCUCCAAAGUCUUUAUAAUCGGCGGAACGGGCGCCCAAGGCCUCCCCAUCGUCCGCAGUCUAGUCGAGGAUGGCAAGUACACGUGCCGUAUCCUCACCCGCGACACGUCGUCGGAGCGCGCGCGCUCCCUUCAAGCACUCGGCCCCAACGUCGAACUCUUCGAGGGCUCCUUUACCAAUGAAUCAGAUCUCCGUACGGGCUAUAGCGGCUGCGAUGCUGCCUUCGUAAACAUCGACGGAUUCAAUACCGGCGAGAAGGCUGAGAUGUUCUGGGCCAUCCGUUGCUACGAGCUGGCUAUCGAGGAUGGAGGUAUUCGAUUCUUCGUCUACGGAAAUUUGGAUUACACUUACAAGAAGUCCGGAUUCAAGCCUGAAUUCAGGGCCGGGCAUUAUGAUGGGAAGGGGCGGAUUGGAGAGUGGAUUCUAUUCCAAGCAGCGGAUGCUGCAAAGAAAUCGAGCAAAGCGAUGGGGGCGGCGUUAUUCACCACGGGCCCCUAUAUCGAGAUGGUUGCGGCUUGGGGGACUCCGAUGACGCCGAGCAUUGAGAAGAAUGAGCAUGGGGAAGACGCCGUAACCUGGAAGGUGCCUCUCACCAAAGAGGGUGCUGUCGCGCAUGUGGCUUUGGAUGACUGUGGGCCGUAUGUACGCUGGCUGUUCGACCAUCCGGAAAAAGCAAACGGAAUGGAUUUGGAGGUGGCUGUCGAGCACAUUCAGUACGCCGACCUUGCCAGAGCAUUCACCAAAGUCACUGGCCGCCCUGCCCAGUUCGUGGACGUAGACUUCGAAACGUAUUGGGAGGAGAAUCCACUCGGUACGAGAGCAGAUAUGCCGGCGGGUUAUUCAGCCGAUAUCACGGACCCAGGAACCAUGUCGAUCAAGACGAACUUCACGGGGUUCUGGCACAUAUGGCGGAAUUCCGGUGGCAACAAAGGCGUCAUUCAGCGGAAUUAUGCGCUGCUGGACGAGAUUCACCCGAAGCGCAUUCGUACGGCGGAAGAGUGGCUCAGGAUCGAAGAUGAGAAGGGGAGAAAGGCUGGGUUGGGAUCUUUGUGGGAUCGUGUGCAGCCUCAAAACCUCAAGCCUAUCUUGAAACUGCACGAAGAUGGAUUCAAAAGUCCCGUCGCCCAUAUUUAG